AUGGCUGGUAUUGCAAUUUUAGGAGCUGGCAUUUUUGCCACUGAAGCUCAUUUACCAGCGCUCGUUGCGAAUAAAGCGAACCUCAAAGCGGUAUAUUCUCGUUCUACAUCUACCGCCUCCGCCCUUGUUACGGAAGCAACUAAGCUUGGAGUCGCCAAUCUUGAUCUGUACGCGGACGACAAGCCUGGACAUGCGCUAGAUGAUCUUCUUCAGCGCAGCGAUAUUGACGCAGUGAUUAUUGUUUUGCCAAUUCUUAUUCAGCCAACCAUUGUUAGGCAAUGUUUAGCUGCUGGCAAACACGUGCUCUGUGAAAAGCCGAUUGCCAAAGACGUGAAAACAGCGCGCGAUCUUAUUGGAGACUACAAUAAGCUAUACGCGGACAAAGGACUCAUUUUCAGCAUUGCCGAGCAAUUCCGAUUCAUGCACGAGUUUGAGCUUGGUCGGAAAUGGGUUGUGGAAGAAAAAGCAAUCGGUGACAUUACCCAAGCACAUCUCAGAGUAUGGCGCAACCAGCCACCAGUUGGCAAAUGGUACGAAACGCCAUGGAGAAAAAUGCCAGAAUUCCAAGGCGGCUUUUUACUUGACGGUGGAGUACAUCAAACGGCCCUGCUCCGCUUCAUUUCAGGCCAAGAAGUCGUCGAGACGCAGGGAUUUGCUCGCCAAGUCGUACCUCACCUUCCACCCCUUGAUACUCUCAAUGCAGGCAUCCUUCUCAGCGGUGGAGGAACUGGCACCAUCUCCAUGUCCUUUGCUUCACUACGGUCUGCUGGGGAGCUUACUCUCAUUGGCACGAAGGGGAGCUUCCACAUCGUUGAUGGUCCUGACGGCUUUAUGCUGACUCUUGACCUUGUCUCUGGAGAGAGCAGAUCUGAGACUGUAAACAGUAAAGGCGUUGAACUCGAGAUCAAAGCUUUUCUAGAAGCUAUCAAAACUGGAAACGCGGAGAAACGGUCGGGCCCAGAGGAGGCGCUGAAUGAUUUGGCUAUCAUUGAGAGUAUGUGCCAAGGCGGAGGCAAGGUAGACUUAUACUAG